AUUGCCUUGUUGUGUUACUGGCAGCAGCAGAACUGAACUAGUUCCUCUGACAAAGGAAUUGCCCAAGGUAAGUCUUGGGGAUCUGUUGGUAGAUCCUAGGGGAGAGACUCGAUUCUCGUGAUCCCGCCGCUUCUCUCGGCCGUCCAUGUUUGCCGACGUUGUGCUCUGCUCGGAAACGCGUCGGCCAUUGUAGAGAAGGCGAGAAGUCAGGACGUGGGUCAGACUAGAAGGUGGCGCCACGGGGUGACCGAAAAAUGCUCGACGAAAUGGCUGUGAGGCCAACACCUGCUCGGAAGAGCCAACGAAGUGGCGGCACGGCGAUGGCGGCGACCCUGAUGCUGCGCGGGAAAGAUAGAGGCCAUCGUUGGAGUGGGGCAUGCAGGUUUGCGGAGUCUUGCAGGGUGCAAGGUGUGGAGAAGAAAUUUCCCAGUUGGAGCUUGACUCGGAGUCAUGGUCUAUGGUCUUUAAGUUACUCUGGAUUAUUUCACCGGCUACUAGUCUAACGUCUGAAACAAACUGCUACUCAAAUAUCAGGCGCGGUGUGUCUUCACCAACGGGUCUAACCAGUCUAAAUCAGUGUGGAAUGGUAAGCACAAAGCUGGAGUAAUUCACACCACAAAUGGUGAUGUCUGUCAGUAUGUGCCUUUCGCUGCUGCCAACAGGGUCAAUGUGACUGCAGCAUCAGGUAGAAUUUUUGUGCAGUAAACACCCGCAGUCUGCAAUUUCAAUCCAUCUCUUCCCCUCUCCUCGACAUUCCAAUUCACACUCUUUGAUUGGAGGAAUUCAAGAUGGAGCCUGCCAUAUCUGCCGUAACAGGUGAGCUUGUGAGCAGAUUCGUCUCCUUCCUCACCAACAAGUACCACUCAAGCCGUGCAUACUCGGAAGAGAAGCAGUUUGAGAAGCUCCACCAACUGCUCCUGAGAGUUCGAACGGUCGUCGAGGAGGCAGACGGGCGAUACAUCACCAACUCCGGGAUGCUGGCACAGCUCAAAAUGCUUGCAGACGCCAUGUACCAAGGCUACUGGACACGGGACGCGUUCAAGUAUAGGUCCCUCGAGGAGACUCCCAUGGAGGCUGAGGUUAGCAGCUCGGCUCGUUUGAAACGUUCUCGCUCAGUUCAUGAGGGCAGUCCUAGACAGAGCAAAGCCAGGUAUCUUCUCGAGCUGCAAGGUGCAUUGGAAAGGUUAGAAAAUGUUGUUGCUCAUAUGACGGAAUUUGUUGUCAUUUUGGGUGGGUGCGAUCGUAUGAUGCGGAGACCAUACGAUGCCUAUCUUUACAUUGAGAAUCUCAUGUUUGGUCGCCAUACCGAGAAGCAAGAGCUCUCAAACUUUCUGUUGCAACACAACCAUCUUGCUACUGCACCGGCUGUUCUUCCAAUCAUUGGUGCGUUUGGAGUCGGGAAGAAAACUCUGGUCGCACAUGUAUGCAACGAUGAGAGGGUUAGAUCUCGUUUCUCUGUGAUUUUGUAUCUGGGUGAAGCUGAUUUUCUAAGAAUAGCAGAGGACGCAAGCCCUGUGUCAGAAAAUACGUUGGUCGUUGUUGAUUUUGUUUCAGAUGUGGAUGAGAAGGAUUGGACAAAGUUUUAUUCAGCUGUGGCAAGAAUGGAUAGAGGAAACAAGGUGGUAAUCUUAAGCCGGCAUAAGAAAUCAGAGAGAUUUGGAACUGUGAAGCCCCUUUUUCUCAAUGUCCUUUCAUAUGAGGAGUUCAGCUACCUCUUCAAGACACUCGCAUUUGGAAGUGCGAACCAGCUGGAAUAUCCACGGUUAGUAAGAAUAGCAGAUGAAUUUGCCAGGGAGUUGCAAUCGGAGGAGUGGUCACUGGUUACCGCCAAUUUACUUGCAGAUGUAAUAAGAAGAGACCUUGAUGAUUAUUUCUGGCUUUGCAUACUGAGCAGGCUUAGAAGAGUAGUUGAGAGAAACUUCUCCAUGUACGGCGAGCACCCAAAAUUACUUCUGGAAAGAGGUCAUGAUAUAGCCGUGAUGGACUUCGUUUUGCAUCCUGUUCGUCCACUUCCCGUCAUUUGCAGCAGCAAAAACGAUGCUCCCAUGAAGAAAGAACUAUCAAAGGUUACAUUCAAAGAACUAUUAGUAGAUUCUGGUGUGAGGCCAAAAGUAGAGUUUGGUCAAUUGACAUGGGAAUCAAGGCUGCCACCUUAUACUUCAUUUGAUCACAUUGUUUCAAGUUGUGUUCAAGAUAUGACUGGAUAUGCUCCUUUGUCACGGAGGAAGCGUGGAGAGGUGCCUCUCUGAUCUUACAAUAUGAUCCCUUGACUAAUGCCAUGCGGAAUUAUAUAUCAUUUCUGCAGUUCCAGUCUUAAUUAUGAGUAUAAUUCCAUGGUCAAACUGUUUUGAUGAUUGUGAUUUCCAUGGUCAAACUGUUUAUAAUGUAACAACCAAACAAAGGGCUUGUUUGGAUCGUUAAGCUUUGGAAAUCACAAUUUCCAUAAGUAUUUCAAGUGUUGUAGGCAUGGAAUUUGUAGUUUUGUAAUCAUAUAUGCUUGUCUUGUUUCUUUCUUU